AUGGCCAUGAAUGGGCUGGCUGCAACGGCAAAUGGGUUGACAACGGAAAAACCGUUCUUGCCAAGGGUUAUCGAGUUUGUAAAAGCUCGUGGCUCUCAGGAUGCGAACACGAAGACUCGCAACGAAGACGACGAGCCACAAGAGCCACAGUAUUUUCUAUACCCACCGGAAAGGUUGCACAAGUUGUUCGGCGAGACGAGUCCUCGAAGAGUUGGACGCGGUCUCCAAAAUCUGGGAAACACCUGCUACUUCAACAGUGUUCUGCAAGUAUUGACUUACGCGCCACCUUUGCAGAACUACUUGUUGACGAAGGAGCAUUCUGCAGGCUACGCCAAGCGGGAUGGAACCGUUUGCACAUUGUCAUUGUUUGAAGAGCACGUGCACGCCGUGUUCGAAGCGCAGAAAGCAGCGUUUCGGCCUUUGGGUCUGCUGCGCCACCUUCCGCAAAUAGCAAAGAGGUUUCAGUCAAGAGGGCGGCAGGAGGAUGCGCAUGAAUUCUUGAUUCAUUUCUUGGAUUCGUGUCACAAGUCUUUCUUAAAGCAUGCCGCCACAGAGACAUCCACGCCGCGACCGGUUCAGCAAACCACAGUAAUCGGCCAGCUUUUUGGUGGACAUCUGCGUUCUCAGGUGCUUUGCAAAAGAUGCAAGCAUCCGUCGAACACCUUCGACCCAUACAUGGACAUCAGUUUGGAGGUCCAGAAUGCAAAUACCCUCGAGAAAGCUUUGGAAGGCUUCACCCGCAGUGAAACCCUUUCUGGUGCCAACAAGUACAUGUGCAAGAAGUGCGCACAAAAGGUUGAUGCCAGCAAGAGGUUCUCGAUUCAUACUGCUCCUCCCCUGCUGACCUUCCAGUUGAAGCGCUUUGAUUUUUUCCACGGCUUACGGGGUAAGCUCAAAAAGUUAGUGAAGUUUCCUACGUCUCUAGACAUCGCGCGCUUUACGAGCCACCCUGAGCGCCAGGCUCGGUACCGGCUGUAUGGCGUCGUCGUUCACUGUGGCCAUUCUGCCAAGAGUGGGCAUUAUAUUGCCUUUGCCAAGCACAACGGCACCUGGCACUGUUUCAACGAUGAGACCGUCCGGACAGUUGGAGAGCCCGAAGUGCUAAAGCAGGAGGCUUACUUGCUCUUCUACAUGUCUGACAUGGCGCAGAAGGUUGCAAAAGCGAGCACUGCAAUGCCUUCAAAGGAGGUCAAUGGCAUAACGGCUAACCAUCUCCCAUCUGCAGCGCACACAAAUGGCAAAGUGAACGGUGUGGUGAAGCACAACGGGACGCAUGUGGAGGAGCUGCAUUUGAAGAAGUCCCCUCCCGAGGAGCCUGCAGGCACGGCGAAGAAGCCUCCCGAGGCCGCAGAGAAGGCUCCGAAGGAUGCUCCGAAGGAAUUUGCCAGGACUUUGGGCAACAGGUCACGCUUGUGUCGCUUAAAGCGCUUGCGCCAGUUUCAGGCCUGCCUCAGCCUCCGUGCCGAACGCAGGCCCUUGGCAGAUGGUCCGAACCCUGCCGACAUUGCGCCUCCGCCGAGCAAGAGAGCGAAAGUCGUCCAGCAAGAUGCGGCUGAAAGGGUGGCUGCAUCUAUGGAUUACUCUACGCAGUAUGGCCAAGCGGAGGUAGAACGAUGGGACGACCAAACUUUGACAGAGGAGCAGCACAAGGCUUUUCAAGCAGUCCAAGAGAAGCUGCAGCCCCUUCCGCAACAUCGGGACGAGCUUGACAUGGAGUACGAUGUCGGAAAGAAGAAGCACAAAGCCAAGAAGUCGAAGGUCGCUUUCGAGGGCCGAUCUGCCUUCGACCUGGAGGAGCAGAGAAGAAGAGCUGCAAAGACGGGCGCAGGUCGUGGCGACGGGCAGGGCAAAGGCAAAGGCAAAGGCAAAGGAAAGGGCAAAGGGAAAAAGGGCUCAGGUAAGGGCAAGGGCAAGUUCCGAUGA